GCGAGCGUGCAUGUGGGUUCCUCCGCGCCAGGCAGAAAGAGGAGAGAGCAUCUGAGCUUCUCUUUCCAAAAAGGAAAGUGAGGGGAAAAAAAAAAAAAAAAAAAAAAAGGUUGGACGUCUUUUCCCCCCCCAUCGUAACUUUUUUUUAGGAAUGAACGCCGAGACGUGCCUUUCAUACUGCGAUAUGACAUCCAUGGAUUCGUAUUAUAGCCCGUCUGCAGCGCAGGGCAGGGAGCACCAGGCGAUCCCCUUCAGGACAUUCCAGGCGGCUGACACCAAAUACAGCCCCACUUUCCUGACCAACAAAGGUCAGGCUUACGGGGAAAAGUCGAGGAGCCCCUUCCAGCAGGAUUGCCAGUCACUGGAUGCCGCUUCUGGCGAAGGCACCUUUAACAAAUACCACCUCUUCAUGCAGAGAUCCUCGUGCAAAACCCCCCCCGAAGGAGGCAAAGCGCACCAGGAGAGCGGAGCCAACGGAGCGCUCGCCUCCUGCUACGCCAAAGGCAGCUCUAGUCUGGCAGAUUCUGAGUUGGCCCCGAAUGCUGACCCUGCCGGGAUGGACAGCAGCUACCUCACCGUGAAGGAGCCAGGGGCCAAGAGCCCCCAGGAGAGGUCAGGACCCGAACUGGCUGGAUCCCUGGACAAGGGUGAGAGUGAGAGCAACAAGGGCAAGAAAAGGCGUAACCGCACCACCUUCACCAGCUACCAGUUGGAGGAGCUUGAGAAGGUCUUUCAGAAGACACACUACCCAGAUGUGUAUGCUCGCGAACAGCUGGCUCUGCGCACAGACCUGACUGAGGCUCGCGUGCAGGUAUGGUUCCAGAACCGCAGGGCCAAAUGGAGGAAGAGGGAGCGCUUCGGCCAGAUGCAACAGGUUCGGACCCACUUCUCCUCGGCCUAUGAGCUGCCGCUCCUUACCCGUGCCGAGAACUAUGCACAGAUCCAGAACCCUUCGUGGAUUGGCAGCAACAGCGCGGCCUCCCCAGUACCUGGCUGUGUGGUGCCCUGUGACUCCGUUACAUCCUGCAUGACACCUCACCCCCAUGCGGCCGGCGGGGUCUCUGACUUCCUGGGUGUUCCCAGCCCUGGGGGUCACAUGGGACAGACACAUAUGGGCAGCCUGUUUGGUGGCCCUGGAAUGGGAGCUGGCCUCAAUGGCUAUGACCUCAACAUGGACCCUGACCGUAAGUCAUCCAGCAUCGCGGCCCUGCGCAUGAAGGCCAAGGAGCACAGUGCAGCCAUCUCCUGGGCCACAUGAUGGAAUGGACGCAGUUUUCCUCCACACUGGGCAGCAGGCAUCUGUGCCUUGAGGGCCCCAUUUUACCAUUCAAACAACCCCAAGACAGAGGAAACAAGAUGGCAAAACGGCCCACUGUUCAACAGCUAAAACAAUUGCAACAAUUUCAGUUCCCAAAACACAGAGAGAACAAUAAAAUGGAAGAUAAGUGAAGCUGAGCGGCAUCUGAUGGUGCAAAACUGGUCUAUCGACUUUGAACUGGGAUUUCCUCUUCCUGUAAGAAAUCAAAGGGGUAGGAUGCAGAGAAUGGCAACCAUGACUGGACUGAUUUAAAAAUGAAUGAAUUAACAAAUUAAUUAAAUUAAUUUAAUAAAUAAUCAACAAGCAACUCCAUAAUACAAGGUAAGAUAAUGCCAACGAGUGAGAGAGAAGGUGGGUAAACAAAGAACUAUUAAACUCUAUAAUCUCUGGGCGUGACUCCCUUUCUGCUUGGAGCUUGCAAACAAAAACUGAGCAAAAAAAGUUGUGUAAAAUGUAAAAAAUUCCAGAUUUCCUUCACACAGCAAAAUGUUAAAUUUAGCAAAUAGCAGUGCAGUGCUCUAGACCGCUGCAUUCUUUAUUUCCUCUUGCCAGUACCAGUCUGAGUCAGUCUUCUCCGACCCAUACAUAGUCAGUCAACACAACAAGCCCAGAACAUUUACUUCAUGACAAUUUGAUCUCACAGUGUCCCCCCUCAUUCUACUGUUCGUCAGAAAGGACACAUGAAGUAAGGUGUCCGCUGUCAUCUAGUGACCAGUUGUCCUGGUAUUGGCUAUGCAGUGCCAUAGGACACCAUGGAGAACUGGCGCCAAUAAAGCUCCAUCACUAUGCUUUUCACUCGAGGCUGAGACUCAAACCCCCCAGGACAGUGCCUUUAUGGAAUGACCCACUCAGGAGGCCCUAAUGCUCACUUCUGAACCCAACCCUAGGCAAAAAUGACAUUUAAUACACAGCUAUAAUCCUUCAAAAUGAGAUCCUUAUCUUUAAUCUGAAUGCCUAACUCUUAUGACAGACAGCUAAUGCCGGCCUGUUUUCCUUUGACCGCCCUUUUAGCUCUUUGUUAAGCCCGUAAUUUCAACAACGCGAUCUGAGAGGAAUUGAAAAACAGUAACGUGAAGGAAAUCAUUAAGAUUCAAAAGGAAGGUCAGCAUUCUGCAUACUUCCCCACGCUUUGUUCUGCCCACUUAUAUAUUUCCAUUUUAGAAACGGCUCCUGUGUUAUUUUAAACUGGGCUGCCAUGGGGCAAAGGGCUCGUCGUUUCUUGCAUGGCUUCCACGUGCUCCCAAUGGGACACUGGCACGUGUGAGGCCAGCCGAAUCGGCCUGCCUAUUUUCAGCAGGACAGCAGUUUCUCCAAGACCCCAGACAGGCUUGGCGUCUGUUUCAGCCCAAGGUGGGGAUAGCAUGACACUGGCUGUGAUUUAGAGUGGUCACGCCACUUCCUCCCCUGGCCAUUUCCACAGGUAACCUUCCUGGCUCUGCACAGCUGGACCCCAAAGAAAGUCCUCAUCUGGCCUCAGGUUACAGGAAAGGAUCCCCCAUAUACUCCUGCAGGGCUUGAUGGCCAGCAAAAACACAGGGUGACUGCCUUACAUAGUGUGUUGUAGCCCAGCCCCUGUGCCCUUUGAAAACCCUAGUGCAGAGUGCCAGUACGUGUGUUUGCACCAUGCAAAUACAACAAAUCAACGGCCAUAAAGCACUGACUACAGGUAUUAGCACUAGGCCUUUUUUUCUAUUUGGAUAUUUCUGAGCAUGGGGAAUAAAGAUUGAAAGCUCUGCCAAUGAAUCUGCAAUUGUGGAGCAGCAGCAGCAGUUAGUGUUGUCAAAAAAACAACUCCCUUUUCUCAAUGCAAAAUAAUGCACUAAUCAGCUGAAGGUAUUUCUCCAUUUGGAAUUGUUUAUUGAUGCAGGUAAAAGUCACACACAGCAUCAUUUUACUCCUCCAUCCCUGUUUAUUUUCAUGGAGGCACUUCAGCCCGAGUGCACUGCCUCAAAGCACCGAAGAUGCUGUGCCUUCCAUCAUCCUGCCUUUUCCUGUAGCGUGCAAAGGGCUGUGUCUCACUUUAGAGGAGUUGCAGUUUGUGAAAACAGGAACACCUACAAACUGGAAGCCCAGACUGGGUUCCCCGGGGCUCUCUGGAAAAGAUUAAAUCUCUUGUGCAAACUUGAGCUCGGCACUAGAUGUGCAAAAUCUCUUCGGGGUGUUUUCCUUUGACCACACGGGGUGAGCAGAAGUGGGAGCAUACUGUCACUUUUCAGUUGGGCACUUCCAUCCUACGGCACUCCUCAGAAUGCAGGUCUCUGUCCUCACCGCACGGAAGGGAGCGAGCAAGUUCCUGACGCAUCACUACAGUGAUAAGCUAAUCUAGAAGCAGGGCUGCAAGAGUGCUGUGAGAAUGCUCUAUGCGAGCUGGGCACUAGCAUAGGAUGAAUUUCAAGCCCAAUUUCAUUUUUUUCUUGGCAUGGUUUGAGGGUGAUUAUUUCAAGAAAAACGUCCCGCAUGCCAGACUUAGGAUCUCGUUUCCCAGCCACCCAGUGCUCAUGAACCCAUAUGCUGCCUUCUCCCCUGCUGAGAAUCGGGCUGGGACGCAGGACAACUUUGGGGUGAAGCUCUUUGAAAACUGUCUCACUCAUUUUACAAAUUUGACAACCAGUGAGUCCAGGUAAAAAAUAAUU